AUGGCGACGCAAUCAGUUGCAGCGAUCUUCGAUCUCAAUGAUCUUCCCGGAGACGUGGAAGACGACGGAGACAGUUUCAUGUUCACCACACCUCUCUCCUCCCGCGGCUCCACGAAGCGCGACGCCAUCUGCGUAGAGAAUUACGACCUGGAACGUCACUAUCGAAUCCACAAGUCUUCUCAAACAAGAACCAAAUCCGAAUCUCCACCAAUCUUCAUCGAUCUUGACCUAUACAACGACGACGACGACGAUCUCAGAAUCCUCUGUUUCCCACCGACCCCUACCUUCUUCGAAAAUGGUCAGUCCUCCAAGGGUAAGUCUUCACGACCUUCGACAUUCUACUGUGAGAUUUGCGUUGAAUCGAAACCCUUUAUCGAGUCGUUUCCGAUCAACGGAUGCUCUCACGCUUACUGCAACGACUGCGUCUCGAAAUACAUUGCGGCUAAGCUACAAGACAACUUACUCUCCAUCGGUUGUCCUGUCUCCGCCUGCACGGGACGGCUCGAGCCAGAGCAAUGCCGUAUGAUCCUCCCUAGAGAGGUGUUCGAUCGCUGGGGAGAUGCUCUCUGCGAAGCCGUUGUGAUGCGGUCGAAGAGAUUCUACUGUCCGUACAAAGACUGUUCUGCUCUGCUGUUCUUGGACGAGGUUCAAGAUGUGAAGCUGACGGAGUCGGAGUGUCCUCAUUGCCAUAGAAUGGUGUGCGUGGCGUGCGACACGAAGUGGCAUCCGGAGGUUACGUGCGAGGAGUAUCAGAGGCUUGGCGUGAACGAGAGAGAGAGAGAUGAUAUCUUGCUGAAGAAAAUGGCGGAGAGUAAGAAUUGGAGAAGAUGUCCUUCUUGCAAAUUCUACAUUGAGAAGUCUGAGGGCUGUUUGUACAUGAAGUGCUGGUGUGGGUUGGCUUUUUGCUACAACUGUGGAGCACCAUCUAGGGACCAUACUCAUUAUUGUUAUAGUUGCAGGCGUUGA